GUCGAUUAUAAACAAAUUUAUAAUAUUAGUGAACUUAUCACUCACAUUAGAUUUUUAAUUAAAAUAAACAUACGUUUAGAGCUGAAUCAGACAAGUAUUUAUUGUUUGCAUAUAAUAAAUGCAUGUGUAUUUGAUAGUUUAUUCGUCAAUGUUAUUGUUUUGAUACCUAUUUUUUAUUUAACAGUUACUUAAAUUUUAAUAUUACAAUGGGGAAAAAACAGGUUGCUCAAAGGGUCAAAAAUAAUUAUAAACCAUCGAGUAGUUCAAGAGCUCAGUUAUUGUUAAGUACUACUGAUACAUAUGCAGUGAUUCCAGAUAAGCUUAAAUUCCCCUUUGCUGACAUUUUGGAUUGCAAUGUUAGUCCGGAUUUUCAAGUGGUUUUGAAAAAAAUGAACAAAAAAGAUUCUACUACUAAACUCAAAGCCUUAAAAGAAUUUGCUACGCUAUGUGAUUCUAAAGAUGAAGAUACUGUUAGAGAAGUUUCAGCUCCAUGGAUUGCUCAAUAUGUAAAUUUGUGCAAGGAUAAUGAACCACGUAUACGCGAAGGUACCCAGAAAGCUUUAAGGUCCUACUUAAACCGUGUACAACGAAAUGUAGCACCAUAUCUUAAAAGAUUUUUUGCCCAUUGGUUUGUGGCUCAGUAUGACACUCAUCCACCAACUGCAUCUGUUGCAUCAUCUACGUUCGAGAAUACUUUCCCUCCAAAUAAAAGAACUGAAGUAAUUGUAUUUUGUCAAAAAGAAAUAUUUAAUUAUUUAAUUGAGAACAUUACCAAUUCAGCAUUAUUAAAUACUAAAGUCGAUUCAGAUGAAAUUAAGGAAAUGCAAAUUAGAACUGCCACUAGUUGUUUGUAUGCAACAGCAACAUUUUUAAUCUCACUUCCUACUGAACAUAUUGAAAAUAUUGAAAGUGAUUUGAAAUCAAUGUUACUUACUAAUUCUACCUAUUGGAAGUUGAAUAAACAUCCAACACCAAGUGUUCGACAAGCUUGGUAUACUCUAUUGCAUUCUAUACUAUUUAAAUUGCAACACUUUUUAGAAAGUGAAUGUAAAAAGGUUGCUUUUGCUGUGUUUGAUAAUAUUGAUGAAGAUAAUGUCACUGUGUCCAAUGUUAUUUGGAAAAAUAUUUUAAUUGUUUUAUCAAAGCCCGAAUUAAACUACUUUUGGUCACAAUCAAAUGCUGAAAAAAUUUUCCUUCCUAAAUUAUGGAAACUUCUGUCUUGUUCAAAAGGAUGCAUUUCAUCUGCAUAUGAAAAUUUAUUAGAACUAUGUAAAAAUUGUCCAGUUAUGAAUACUAUAGAAACUACUGAAUUUUAUUUGAAGUGUAUUACUUCAAUUAUACAAGGGUUAGAAAAAAUGUCUAAUCGCUUUGAUCGUACCAAUUUUGUUUCUGGUAUUGAAACUCUUUUUGAUUUUGUUACAUACAUUUUGAGAAAUAAUAGUGAAGAUGAAUUGUUUUGUAGUACAGUAGUUUCUGAAGUUUUAACUUUGAUAAAGUUCAGUCUUGCAGGAAAAUUAGCAAAAACUAUGACACCACCAGUUAUAUCUCAUUUAGCAGUUUUCCUUGAAUUUUUGACUAUUAAUAAAUUACAUAGUUUAAAAACUACAAUAUGGGAUAAUUUAAAUACACUUUUAAUUGGGAGUGGUCUUAAUGAAGAAAUUGUUUUUGAUAACAUCCUAGGCCAGUUACAAGUACAUUUAAUUGUAUUGAAUCAUUUGAGAAAUCCUAUAGUAAAGAAAAAAAAAAAUUUGAGAGUUACAUUUGAAGAAUCUGGAGAAGUGUUUCUACCAUCAAAACAGUUAUUAAGUGAUGACUAUCAAAAUGAUUUGGCAAGUUUUGUUAAUAUAGUUUUACAGUUCUAUUUAGAUAGAACCUCCUACCCAGAAGUAGGGCAUAUGUAUGCCAACCACGUGUGUCAAGUGAUAUUGGCGUUUAAAAAUUAUGGUGUCGAUCAAAAAUUAUCUCAAACAUUACCUGGCACUAAUGAUAAUACAUCAUCAUUGUUCAGGCUAUAUGACAGAUAUAUUAAAACAUGGAUUAAUGAUGAAAAAGUUUUGACUUAUAAUUCAAUAUCGGUAAUUGUUGGAUUAUUGGAAACCAUUGAUAAUGAUAAUGAACGAAUUACUAUGAUUGAUGACUUAAAUUUGUUUGGAUUAGAUGUUGUACUUAAAGAAAUAAUGAAGUAUAUUAGUGAGGGAAAUACUUUACCCAUGGUGAUUUGCAAUUGGUUAGAGGCUAUUCCUAUGCAAGAUGAAUUUAAAAAAUUCAUAUCUUUUAAUGUAGAUUUAAAUAAAUCAAAUCUUCUCACAAAUUGUUUAAUACUUAAAGAAAAUACUGUGUGUGAGAAAUGGACAAAAGUACUUUUGGAAACUGUACAUACAAAUCCUACCUCUUCGCUGGUUAUUAUGUUAAGACAAAUAUUUGAAAAAAAAUUGAGUGAUCAAUCAUUUGUCAAUUCCUAUCUUGAUCUAAUAUUCAACACAUUGGAGUGCUUAAUCUGUACAUAUUUGGAAAAAUCACAAGAUGGUGAAUGUAGAGACCUAGAAGAGCUCAGUCAAACUUGGAAACUUGUGUUGAAUUAUAUGAUAGAUUCACAUGACAAUGAAGUAAUGAAAAGAUGUAGUUUGGUUGUCACAAAUUACCUACAAAUUACAGGAGUUGAUAUAGAACAUGUAGAAAGUGCAGUAGAUCAAUUUAUUGAAGAUUUCUCAUUAUGUACCAAACAAAAUACCUUGCCAAUUAAAUUUUUAUAUGAGUUGAUAAAGUGUGCGAACAGUGUUAAUCACUCAAAAGCAAUUAAAUGUUGUGAAUUAGCAUCUUAUAUUGAUGGAUCACUAUUUUACACCGGAAAUAUUGAAAAUGAUAUUGAUACAAGCAAUGAAUGCUUUGACACUGUGUAUGCAUUAUAUUCUCAUAUGUAUGUAUUCACAAAACAGAUUUUAAAAUGUUUCAAUGAACAUGAACUACCCAAUCAAUUGGAAAAUGUAGAUGAAGAAUUUGUCAAUAUUAUGGCUGAUAUAAUAUGCAAUGUAAAUGUGGUUGCGCACCUACUAAAAUAUUUUUCAAAUAGAAAAUAUUGUUGUAAAAUCAAGAGUGCUGUUCUUGAGGAUACUAAAACUAGUGUUGCUGUACUCAUUCAAUCACAAUCAAAAAAUGUGGCUAAUGCUAUCAUAAACAAAAUUAUGGAAAAAACAAUUGAUGAUGGUCCAUAUUGGUGUAAAUCAUUAGAAUUUGUGUUGGAUAUGUUGUCAUUGUCAAAUGAAGAAUUGAUUAAUUUGUAUAAUUUUGCAAUGUCAAAACAUAGUGAUAAUCCAAAUUGUAUACACAUUAUUCAGGUUUUUGUAAAUUUUUGCGGCAUGAGCAACUUGGAGUAUGAUCAUCUUUCAUUGGCAGAUACACGAUGUGUUUGGAAUGUGCACUUUAGAAAGACGACCAACAGUGAUACUAUUUCUCAGAUACAGAAAGUAUUGGAUUCUGAAGAAAAAUUGCUCACUAGCGAUGCUGAGUGUUUGAAGGACGAAAAGACAAUGGUAGAAACCAUCCGUAACAUUGAGUUUUUAAACUUGAUCUUUCUCUACACAGACGAUGCGUCAAUCAUAUUAAAAUAUAGCAAAACAAUAUUCAGUCGUUUAGAAUCUAUAAUGUUAACCCUAACCAAUGUAGGAAAUUUUGACUGCAAAACAUAUUUACCCAUUGGGGUUGCUACUGCCUUGGUCGGUUCCUUAUUUGUAAAACUGAUGAAAUUUUAUCAUGAAGAAAUUUAUAAGCAUGUACCGCAGAGCAACGAAAACCUGAUAGUAUUUAGAUCAGACACAAAGAUUGUACGCGAUUGUUUGGUGAAGAUUUGGGUUGAAUUGUCAACAAAUUGUAACAGUUGUGUUCAUGAACUUGUGUUAGAAGCUCUAAGCAAUGCUAUGAAUUAUUUAGAAUUUGAGGAAAUAGAUCAAAAACAUUGGUUUAGCCUUUGUUCAGACUUGAUUAAUUCAGACUGCUACCCAAUUGAAAUCACUGCGUACAAUAUUUUGGACAGAUUGUGCGAGGUGCGCAAAGUUGAUGUGGACACUGACUUUGAAUCCGAACAAGUACCGUUUGAACUUUCCACACUACCUUUGCAAAAACUUCAAGAAUUGAUCUGUACAAUGUUAACUGAUAUCAAGAUUGGAAAUACAUUUGAACCUAAAACUUUUUCCGAGGAUUUAAAAAAUACUAGAGUUUAUUUGUUGUUAUGGAAUGUUAUAUUUAAAUUAUGUUCAAAACUCGAUUCUCAAGAACGAUACAAGUACAUUUCUCAUUUGAACAAUAAUAACUCAAUUUCUAUUUUAAUGGAGAAUUUGUUGAAGCUGAUGCCACAAUCUAUCAUUAAGACAUAUGCUAAUAAUGACGUCAAUCCAAUUAUCAAAGAGCUGUUCAACUUGAAGCCCAGUUGUUCACCGACAGACUAUUGGAAUAAUAAAAAACUCUGGCAUAUGGUGUGCUGGACAUAUUAUAAUCUGUUACACACAUUGCCGGCCGUUGUACGUAAAUGGUGGGUGGACAGUGAACAUAAAGUGUCAACGUUAGUGGACAAACUAACAACCAAAUAUGUAUCGCAGAGUUUGAUUGUUCAAGAGUUCCAAGAUAUCAAACAAGCAGAAAAAAUCGACAAUAUAGUGGUGAACUUGUAUGAAAACCGUGGUAUACUCAUUGUUUCAUACAUGAUAGAAGAAACAGCCGUGGACAUCACCAUACAGAUGGCCAAUAACCAUCCUUUAGGAUUGAUCAGAGUCAGCAGCGACAAGAGCAUGAUUAACAUGUCUCAGUGGAAAGGGUGGUUGAAACAGUUGGCACUGUUUUUUUCACAUCAGAACGGCUCGAUCAUUGACGGUAUUUAUCUAUGGAAAUUGAAUAUCACAAAGAAGUUUGAUGGCGUUGAAGAGUGUUACAUAUGUUAUUCUAUACUUCAUAACUCUAAUUAUCAAUUGCCCAAGUCUGCCUGCCGUACUUGUCACAAAAAAUUUCACAGCUCGUGUUUAUAUAAAUGGUUUGUUACAAGCAACAAAUCUACAUGUCCUAUAUGCCGUAAUCUUUUUUAAGCUAGAACACUUAUUGGUAUUGUUAUUGAUGAUUGUUAUAAAAUAAAUAAAAGCGUGCUUUUUAAAAAA